AUGAACAUCAUCAAGCUGCAAAGAAAAUACCCCCAGUUCGGACAGGGCGAGAUCUUUGGCUUGCAGGAUGCCUUCCGCAAGCUCGAUGUCGACGACAAGGGCUACCUAGACGAGGCCACCGUCAUCAAGGCGACCCAGCAGACGGAACACCAGCCGUACGAUGUAGUGCGCCAGGCGCUGAAGGAGGUCGAGCUCGACAGUUCGCGGCGAGUCGAGCUGGACGACUACGUCGACCUCAUCUCCAAGCUGCGCCAGUCGUCGCCCGCGCAGCAGCGCAUGAGCACGGGGCCAACGCGCCCACGCGCUGUUUCCGGCGCUGCCGGCAGCGCACCCUCGACGCCAAAGCAUGCCUCGAAGCCUAGCAUUGGCGGCGGCGGCGGCGGCAGGAUUCAGGUGCAGGGCUCUUCCGCCAACGUCACCCACACCAUCAACGAAGACGAGCGAACCGAGUUCACCCGCCACAUCAAUGCCGUCCUCGCCGGCGACCCAGACAUUGGCGACCGCCUGCCCUUCCCCACCGACACCUUCGAGAUGUUCGAUCAGUGCAAGGACGGGCUCGUGCUGUCCAAGCUGAUCAACGACAGCGUGCCGGACACCAUCGAUGAGCGUGUUCUGAACAAGCCGGGCCGGAAGAUCAAGUCGCUGAACAACUUCCACUUCACCGAGAACAACAACAUCGUGAUUGAGUCGGCCAAGGGUAUCGGGUGUUCAGUCGUCAACAUUGGGUCCGGAGACAUUAUCGAGGUGCGCGAGCAUCUGAUUCUGGGUCUGAUCUGGCAGAUCAUCAGGAGAGGUCUGCUCGGCAAGAUCGACAUCAAGCUGCACCCCGAGCUGUACAGGCUGUUGGAGGACGAUGAGACUCUCGAGCAGUUCCUGCGCCUGCCCCCGGAGCAGAUCCUGCUGCGAUGGUUCAACUACCACCUGAAGAACGCCAAGUGGCACAGAACCGUGACCAACUUCUCCACAGACGUCAAGGAUGGCGAGAACUACACUGUGCUGCUUAACCAAUUAGCGCCUGACACUUGCUCCCGCUCCCCGCUGCAACAAAACGACCUGCUGCAGCGCGCGGAGAUGGUCCUCCAGAACGCCGAUGCUCUCGACUGCCGCAAGUUCCUGACACCGACGUCACUCGUUGCUGGAAACCCGAAGCUCAACCUCGCCUUUGUCGCCAACCUGUUCAACACACAUCCUUGCCUGGACCCCAUCACAGAGGAAGAGAAGGCUGAGAUUGAGGAUUUUGAUGCUGAAGGCGAGCGUGAGGCUCGUGUAUUCACCCUAUGGCUCAAUUCUCUGGACGUUAAGCCGGUCGUGCAAUCUUUCUUCGAAGACCUCAAGGACGGCACCGUUCUCUUGCAGGCAUACGACAAGGUCAUUCCAGGCAGCGUGAACUGGCGCCACGUCAACAAGCCACGGGAAGGACAGGAACUGAUGCGAUUCAAGGCUCUGGAGAACACCAACUACGCAGUGGAGCUUGGAAAGUCUGUUCAAUUCUCCCUUCCUGGUAUCCAGGGUGCCGACAUCACCGACGGCCAGCGCACACUGACCCUCGGCCUGGUCUGGCAAUUGAUGCGCAAGGACAUUGUCUCUACGCUCAAGGGUCUUGCUCAGAAGCUCGGCAAGCGCGAAAUUUCCGAUCCAGACAUGAUCAAGUGGGCAAACGACAUGGCCCGCAAGGGUGGUCAGGGCUCGCAGAUCCGCUCGUUCAAGGAUUCGUCGCUGUCCAACGCCAAGUUCCUCCUCGAUGUUCUUGCUGGCAUGAAGCCUGCUUACGUCGACUACGAUCUCGUCACGCCCGGACGCAACGACGAAGAGAGCUAUCAGAACGCCAAGCUGGCUAUCAGUAUCGCAAGAAAGAUGGGCGCUACCAUCUGGCUAGUGCCCGAGGACAUCGUCGCAGUGCAGAGCCGUCUGAUCACCACGUUCAUUGGCAGCUUGAUGCACACGUACGAAAAGACGGGCGGCCAGUAA